CAUUGCUGCAGAUGCAGGUUUUGGAGGUGGGAUAUUAUCCAAGUCUAGCUUCAUUUGUUUGGUCAAUGGUGUGUGCAAUCUCAGACAGUGCCCUAUGCUGCUGUAAAGACUUCUGUGGACGUUGUGGAACAGCAAAUCCAAAGAACAGAUGAACAGAGGUGCUCCUGAAAUAGAACUUUUCUUGUAUCCAUAACAACUGUACCUCCUACUACAAAACAUGAGCUGAGAGAUGGUGUUACUUAAUUCUGGCUAUACGAUCAUCCUCACGCUUCAACUACUGCUUCUACUGGUGGACCUGGUCUGUAACUCAUUCUCAAUCCUACUGGGACAGAACACAAUCGUUCUGUUAGUCCUCUACAUGGUACAAGAUAUUGCCCUCGUCUUCUCCAUCAUUCUCCUAUUUGUUGCCUUCUUUAGCACGUUCGCAUUCAAGGCUGGACUAAUUUCAAGUCUCAUCAAGAAAUUCUCUGCGUCUCUACUCAUUGGACUACUGUACCUGUCGCUAACGGUUGCAUACCAAAUAUGGAAUUUAGCCGUAAGGUGGGAGCAGCCCAUCAUGUACCAUUGGACUGAGGGUCUUCAAGCUGUGUACGUACUUCAGAAGCUUAUAGCGGUGAUAUUCUACUACUUCUACAAACGAGCCGCCCUGAGGCUAGGUGAUAACAAAUAUUACGAGGACUCAGAGUGGAUGAGAAAACAAUUGAAUGCUAGAUAGCUAACAGGAAAUACAUUUCAAUCAUCACUUAUAAAUUUGUUUCAUUCUUUGAAAGUAUGUUAUAUAAUUAUAAUUAUACUCAUGCAUAGGUUCAGAAUAAGUUCUCAAAUUGA